GUGAAUUUACUGCCUCAUCAUUGGGUCAUAAGAAACUACUGGUUAUUAUUUUUUUGCACAAGCAAAUAUCCCCUACACUGGACUUUCCAAAAAAUCUCUUUACCAGCUCCCUGUACCUGCAUUUUUCUUAACCUCUUAACCACAGUGCCUCCAGAAUACUGCUUGGCGAAUUUCAACGCAAGCGACUGCAAGCUCAAGCCUACUCCAGUGUUCUCGUACUACAAGCCUGGCUCCCGAUGCGAGGUCAGCAUGUGGAGGGGAUGCCCCACGCAGAACAAAUUCCAAAAUGAAUUUCUUUGCACCUUGAAUUGUAUAUUUAGGAUGGUUCCACCAACGCCAGAAAUAACCACACUCAAAACCACUCCGGAACCGCCUGAAUGCCAAGUACCUAUGAACACUGGUCAAUGUAGAAAUGAAACAGUAACAGUCUUCACUCACGUGUCGGGAAAAUGCAUAGAGGCAGGUUGGGGAGGAUGCGAAACCAGAAAUAAAUUCGAGACAAAAUACCAAUGUGACGUCACGUGCGAGACACAUCAGCAACUUGAACUAGAAAAAGAACUAAAUAAUUUAAGCCAAGAAGCCCUAGAAACGUUUAACGAGAUAUUACACGUCAUUGAGGAGGAAAUCACCACUGAUCUACCAACAACGGCGACACGAGAAUCAGAACCGCUGACAGAAACGGAAGCUGAAACAGAAGCACAAACAGAGACUGAUUCUCCUGAAGUGGAAACCACUGCAGAAACGACCACUAAUCUUGAUUUCGAGGAAGUUGUCAAUACUUAAAGUAAUAUUUUUGUAGUUCUUGAGGAAACACAUUCUUCCUCUACUGAAAUAUAAC